CGGAGGGGGAGGUGGCUGGCGGCUUCUCCUGCGUCCGCCAUUUUGUUGCUGUGGCUCUUGGGAACCGGCUAGGCAAAACUACCCUGGAGGCGCGACGCUUCUUCGAGUUCGGUGCUUGGUGUGGCAGCUGGGGUCGGUGCAGAGCCGUGGGGGCGCGGAGCCGGCGCGUUUCAGGCCAGUGGUGACUGGAGGGAGGCACUCCCAGUACGUGGGGCAGCCCAAGAACCCCGGGGCGGCCUCCGCUGCGGCUCGGCUUCGCCGCCCCUACCUCCGGCUCUGCUCCGCACUACCUAAGCCGGCUCCUUCCCUGAGGCGGCCCCGGAGUAGGCGGGCGAAGGCGGAGGAUGCUGCGGGCUCGUAGCCGAGAGGAAGGUGCUGGCUCGGCCCUCUAAGCGCGCCUCGCGGUGUGCCGAAAGGCCCUUCUUCGAUCCCAAAGCCGUCUGCCGGGCAAAGGCAUCCAGAGCAGGCGAGAGCAGCCGCCGCCCCGACCCAGCCCAGAGCCUCGGCCCGACACCAUGUCCUCCGCUAGGUUCGACUCCUCAGACCGCUCCGCCUGGUACAUGGGGCCAGUGUCUCGUCAGGAGGCGCAGACCCGGCUCCAGGGCCAGCGCCACGGCAUGUUCCUAGUCCGCGACUCCUCCACCUGCCCCGGGGACUAUGUGCUGUCCGUGUCCGAGAACUCGCGGGUCUCCCACUACAUCAUCAACUCACUGCCCAACCGCCGUUUUAAGAUCGGGGACCAGGAGUUUGACCACUUGCCGGCCCUGCUGGAGUUCUACAAGAUUCACUACCUGGACACCACCACCCUAAUCGAGCCCGCGCCCAGGUAUCCAAGCCCACCAAUGGGAUCUGUAUCAGCACCCAACCUGCCUACAGCAGAGGAAAAUCUGGAAUAUGUACGGACUCUCUAUGAUUUUCCUGGGAAUGAUGCUGAAGACCUGCCCUUUAAAAAAGGUGAGAUCCUGGUGAUAAUAGAGAAGCCUGAAGAACAGUGGUGGAGUGCCCGGAACAAGGACGGCCGGAUUGGGAUGAUUCCCGUCCCUUAUGUUGAAAAGCUUGUGAGAUCCUCACCACACGGAAAGCAUGGAAAUAGGAAUUCCAACAGUUAUGGGAUCCCAGAACCUGCUCACGCAUAUGCUCAACCUCAGACCACGACUCCUCUACCUGCAGUUUCCAGUACUCCAGGGGCAGCAAUCAACCCUUUGCCAUCCACACAGAAUGGACCUGUCUUUGCAAAGGCAAUCCAGAAAAGAGUACCCUGUGCUUAUGACAAGACUGCCUUGGCAUUAGAGGUUGGUGAUAUUGUGAAAGUCACAAGGAUGAACAUAAAUGGCCAGUGGGAAGGUGAAGUGAAUGGGCGCAAAGGGCUUUUUCCCUUUACACACGUCAAAAUCUUUGACCCUCAAAACCCAGAUGAAAAUGAGUGAUUGCCGUUGGCCCUGUUUUCUGCUGCUUCGUUAUUCUGCCUGUCAUAGUCUCCUUUGAGUGGGAAAGCGUUCUAUUUCAUAGGCAAGUUACACUGCAUUGCCGACGUCCAGCUUUCUGCAGACUGGCGGUCUCAUCCAUGUUUGGAAUGCACACAGUGGCUGCCUCGGCAUUUGUAUCAUAGUUGUAUUGUCAAAGAGUAGCCGAUUUUAGAGUUCUUUUGGAUCAUAAACUGGAAAUACUGGUGGAAGCACACAAGUGAAGAGAAGUUGAUGAGGAAAGGGUCCUUCUUCUCAUCACUGCCCUGUUUGUUGUACUUAUGACUGAUUCUGUCACGUUCAUCAGAGAAAGCUUGAGGCCAUGGUGAGACAUUGUGUGUUGCUGUUCCACAAAGCAGUGGCUCAGUUGCUAGUUUGUUUUUCCUUUAAAGAACAGAGCAAGUGAACCUUAAAGAAGAGGAAAUUCUGUCCUAAACUCCCCAGAUCUGGCUUUUCUCUUUUGUUUCUUUUGGUUUGGUUUUGGAAGACUUAAUUAAUUAGACUUGUGUGUUCUGAACAGGUUUUUAAGUAGCAGGUUGGAUUUUUGUGAUAUCACAAUGACACGUGCCUCUGAGCUUCUAAACUGAAGCUGCUGUAACUAAGGAAAUGAAAACAACAACCCUGAAGUGGAGGCUUUUAUUGUCUUGGUUGGCAGUAGUAUCUUUUAGCCAUAUAGCAAACAACACCAAAAAAGUCAGCAGUUGUGGUAUGCCAAGCUGUGUGGGCAGCCUCUUGGAUUACAUUGUCCCCAACAGCAACAGUGUGGAGGGUGGUUUGGGGAAACCGUUGCUCACCUUGUUUGCCAGUGAAAGAAACAUUUGGGGAAGGGGGUACUUGGCCAGUUUUCUUUACUGUGGUUCAUUGAAUGUGCCCCUUUAAGGUAUAGGACUUAAGCUUCGUUAAAAAGUGAGGUGGUUCAUAGAAUCCUUGGAUUCAUUAAUGAAUCUUUAAAUUCUGCUCUCUGAAGCCCAGUCUGCCAUGCCAUAGCCUGGGCUUAUCAGGUUGCAAGAGAAAGAUGGUGCUGCUAAUACUGGUUCCACUGGCUGUGUGCCCAUGAUGCUCUCAAGCAAAGAAAAUGCAGACUCUGGAAAUUGCUUAAUAUAUUUGAUGUCUAAUGUUUUAGUGACUAGAGAGAACCAUUAACCAGUUUACCAUUAACCAUUUACCAGUUUGAUGCUAAAGGUUCCCUGUUAGCUGAAAGAGGCCUGUUCAUACAAGCCAACUGCUACAAAUGGCUGUAGCAGACUAGAAUGCUAGAACCUUCUUGGAGUUCAGUCUGCUCUACCUUCUGGACACUGAUAAAGACAGGCCUCAGCUCAGAAUGAACACAGCAGACCUAGAGAUGUAGCAGCAACCUAAUGAGCAGGUCUGUAUCAUUUACUGAACAUCUGCGGUAACUGUCUGUCUCCCAAGGGUCUUAGAUUUUGAGGGUUAAAGCAAUAUAUUCUGGUGAGAGAACCAUCAAAACAAUUUAAAAUUUUUCUUUAAAUCGGUAUUCUAUCAGGCAGUUAAUCACCAUAUUAAAGAAUCUUGAGAGUGCUCCUGUGUGACAAAAUUAAUGGUCAGUUGGGGAAAAUUUCAUUGUGGCUGCCUGCCUGUAGUUUUCCUGAAAGAAGAUAGCAAUCAUCACUUCCUAAUCAAGUGAAAACUGUGGCCACCCGUGGCUCUGAAGGUACCUAGCCAUUGCAUUUGCUUCUUGGUCUAACUUCAGACCCAGCCUGGCACCCACAACAAGGUGACAUACAUGUGGCAGAGUCCGCACCCUCUGCCUGGAAACAAGCCUUAUGGCUAGUGGUCCAGUAUUUUGGUGUCUAGCAGAAGGUAGAAUAUGUGCCUUGCUCACAUUGGAAGGGGGGGAGCACAAAUCGUAAGGCUUUUUAAAACCAAAUUUAGCUGAGGGGCUUGCCACCAUUUAUGACAAUAGUUGACUCAGAACACAAGAAGUAAUGUAGCCAUUUUGGAAAGGAAGGUUUCCCUUCAGCCAUGUCUGCUGACCAGUAUAGCAAGACCCACAUCAUGUGGAGCAUUUCAGAAUCAGAACACUCACAACCUAGGUUUGGCUUCAUAGUAAGUUUGCUCAUCACUUCAGCCCACAUACAUGUCUACAGGACUGUGCUGGAGACUCGGAGCCUCAAAUAAGGUGAGCCUUUGAGUCCUGCACUCUCAAGAUACGUGCCAAAAGUAACACCUUUUUGACUUAGAACCUUACUAGUUUUUUAAUCAGGCAGGGAAUUUCUCUUUUUCACACUAAACAUACAAAAAAUAGCACCCUUGCCUCAGCUUCAUGUCUGGGUUUCCCAGUGGUCUGGGAAGACUGCUUCAGAAAGUGAUGUGAAUCUUCUAGAGGAGCUACCUUCCCUCCUGAGCGCACUUCCCUUUUAGGAUUGUUCAUCAUUGCUACUUGCUCUACUCUACUGUUUGUCACUUAAGAAAAUAUUUGUAUGUUAAAUUAACUCAGAAGUUGAACAAGUUACAUACUAAAGGGCAUUGACAGUUCGAAACUUAUUUAUCCUGGGAAGAACCUCCAACACAGGAGUCAUUCUUGUCAUUUCUGCGAGGUUUGUUACCACCUGAUGACAUGGUUAAUGAAGAGGAGGACACUUUGGCUGCCAUUUGACAACUUUGGUCACCCAGAUGAGAGACCUUAUGUGCUCAUGGUCAAAAAGCUGAAAGGAGGGAAGGACAGCUGCUCCCUCCUUGGAGCUCAAGCAUCCCUGGCACUGUGCUAACUUUCUUUUACAGCUGUUUACAGACAAGGCGGGCCGAGGCAGACGGCCACUGCUCUUGUAAUGUUUGCUCAGAGGAAAAUGAACAUUUUAUUUUUGAAAAGGGAUGAUGUGUUUUUGUGCCAGGUGUUUAUAAUUUAAUCCUUUAAUAUUAUGUUCAUUAACUUCUUAAAAUGAGUGAAUUCUUAUUUUAACACAGUACCUAAGACUAAUGCUCUCUGUGGACACCACUGAGCUCUGCCUCAAACUCCACCCUCUGGGACCGGAGACCAAUGUCCCUGCUAACUGCUGACAGUGUGGACACUGAGUUAGUUGUAUAUUCUAAAGGAGUAGGAGGACAGUUCUCUGAGACAGGGUCGUUGUCUCUGCAGGAGGAACAGUGGCCUUGCUUCUAGACGGUCUUCACUGUGUGUUUUAAAACAACAAAAACAACACAAAACUCUUUUGACCUGUAACUUAAAGAUCGUAAACUUCAGGCAAUAAUAUUUUCUGUGUAAGCUUUUAAAAUUAUUUUUGGGGAUCAUAGCUUGUUUUAUUUUGUGCUAUAAAAUUAACAGUAUUAAAUGACUUAUAUUCUUAGAACACAUCGAGUGUCUUUUCUUAACAGAUUAGUGCCUUUUUAUUUUUGUAUUUCAUUUUACGUUACUGGUCCUGGCAUCAGAACCCUUGUUUCCAUGGCCUGUUUGUACAUUGUCUCAAUAAAACUUGCAUCAGCCGGUGGUGGCAGCAG